AUGGCUCACAAGAACAUUCUUGACUUCGAUCUUCCUAGGACUCGGCGUGACUCGGGUAUCAUCACUCCAAGUCUCGCUCUGAACUCAUUCCUGGAAUACUUCAAGAAUCCCGAUGCACCUAUCCGAGGAGCUAUUGUGUCAGUCUAUCAGGUAGGUGCAUGGCUGGGAAGUGCUUCUGUCGGUAUAACCAGUGACAGACUUGGAAGACGGAAAGCGAUUGCGUUCGGGUGCGCUUUUGGGGUCCUCGGGGGUGCACUGAUGACCGGUGCGGCACAUGUUGCUAUGCUCAUCAUCGGUCGCAUACUUGUUGGAUAUGCCGUUGGCACAAUCACCGGGGUUGCACCGGUGUUUGGAGCGGAGAUUGCAAAGAGCAAAAAUCAACGCAGUUACCCAGAUGAGUUGAGUCGCCCGCACCCCAAAAGCUGGCUGAGAGUUACUGACCUUCGAGUAGGGGAAGGCAAAUGGCAUAACCCCAACCAGUGGAGGCUCGUCCUCUUUAUCAGUGAGUCGCCAAGAUGGCUUUGCCUGAAAAGCCGUCAUGCAGAAGCCGAGAAAGCCUUUCGCAGUUAUCAGCACAACGGCUCCAACGAUGAGUGGUGCAGAGAGGAGUUCAGGCGUUUACAAGCCAAUAUUGAAAUCGAGCUGCAAGCUCGAGGCUGUCUUUCCUGGGCAGAGCUCCUCAAGGCGCCGGCCUUCAGGAAACGUCUUUUUGUCGGAUCCUUUGUGUGGGCGGCUGCGAUGUUGAGCGGCAUCAGCUUUAUCCAAUAUUUCCAACCAGCCAUCCAUGCAACACUGCAGUAUAACCAGGAUCAGCAGCUUCUCAUCAGCGGGCUGUAUGGAUCGGUGGCUCCGGUGGCGUGCCUGGUGUCUCUGCUCUUUGUGGACCGUAUUGGUCGAAAGAAGAUUCUGGUUUUCAGCGCUUCGCUGUUGUCACUCUGUUACCUGAUCAUCACGAUCAUUGCUGCCGUCUUUCCGGCUCGGCCGGGGUUUCCAACAGAUGAGGCAGCUCAACGCGGGCUCGUUGCCUGUGUCUUUGUUGUAUCGGCCAACUACUCGGCUCUUCUGGGCCCGAUGACUUGGAUAAUUCCGUACAUAAAGUCCUGUCCCAUGAUGAUCAUUUUCUUUGUCCUGACCAACGCGCUGUGUGCGGUUGUGUUUGCACCUGUGUAUCCAGAAACAAGAGGAAAAUCGCUUGAAGACAUGAGCGAGAUCUUUGGCGAUAUCAAGCGAAGGACGGAACCAGAGCUUGACGAGGUCCAUUCAAGUCCCUCGGGCAAGAAAGACAGCGGAAUCAGCGAGUAUGCCAUUGAGAAGACGGAGUCGAAGUAUCACCGAGACCGAAGAUCGGAUAUAUUUAGGGUGUGAGCAAACAUCCUGCCCGUCGUUGAAAUCGGAAUUGCGCCCUCGGCAUACGCGUGGCGGGCGCAGUGUUGUUCAAUUGAUGUUUGCAGAGCCCUGAUACGGCUAUAUUGCAAACGGGAUACGGCGGCAUCUGGUAGGCAUCUGAACUCUGUGCCGGGUGUCUCUAUCUGAUGAAAACACACUACUCGUAGGAGAAUGAACCAUCAGCAUGCGUUCAUUGUACAGUCCUGAUAUGAUCAGACAAGGCUGGGAGAGAGUAAAGAAAAGUGUAGCAUCAUCAUUGCCGGUGCCGUGGCAACGUCUCAAGCACGAAAAGGGUUAAGUUCUUUGCGGUUUUGCUGACCUUGGUGGAUGAGGAGGCUGGAUUGUUGUGUUCUCUUUCAAGGUCGUAGUCUUUGC